AUGUUACAGAUUCACACCUGUUUGUGUAGCUUGCUUGGUUAUGAUGAUUUGGAGGUUAUAAAUCCUGAAGGAGGGACAAAAGAUGUUGAUGUUGAAGCACAAAGAGGAAGAUGGAACCAAGAGUUGAUGGAAUAUUCCCAUUUACUAGAGCUAGCCAAUGAAUGUGAGGAUCCAUACAUGCGAUUGGUGUAUACUACGUCGUGGUUUAUAUCUCUAUAUUAUGCUUUGCAACGAACCUGGAAGCCUUUCAAUCCAACACUUGGUGAAACAUAUGAAAUGGUUAAUCAUGAGGAUUUUGCUCAUGUGGUUCAACCAGGGCAUUGCAUUACAUUGCUUGUUGUCAUACCUUCUUAUAAAUGUGAAGAUAAAAACGAUAUCUGGAUUGCCAUAUGGAGCAGUGGCUCUAAAGGCCAAACAAAUUCAUGCUACUUGGGUUUGUUUCAGCUCUAUCACGAAUGUCCAAAACUGAGUUCUCUGAUCCUGAAUGACCAGUUUAAAGCAUUUGUUUCAUCUCAACCCACCACUAUUCUUGAUCCUACUCAGAAAAAGCAACAAGUUUUGCUUUAUUUUUUUUAUAAUCAUCAACAUGGGCAUGCUUUCAUCUUCCCCUUCAAUCAACACCUGGUGGUGGAGGCGGCUUAUGCCUCUUUUCGACCUGGUUCUUCUAAGCGUCUACUGGAACACCAGAUGGUUUGGGUGGUGGUACUUCAAGUCCCCCAGUUCAGCCACUGUUAG